ACGCAAACACUCUUCGGUGUUGACUGUGUGUGUUCGGUCCGGUUUGUGUUGUAUGUAGUUUAGCAAAGAUAUAUAAUUCUUUUGCGUACCACUAAUUUCAAUUUAGUAAAUUGGUUUUUAGUUAAAAGCGCUACGGUUAUUUGCGAUUUUAAAGUGUUAUUUAGUAUAUAUCAGUAAAUAUUGUGCCAAAACGAGUUUGAGUAUAAAUAUAUAAAUGUAUAUAUAAAUUCGAAGCAGAAGAAACCAUGUUGUGUGCAGAACUUCGAGCGUAAAUUGAGUGCAUUCCAUUAACUUAUUUUGAGUGAGAAUCAUUCGAAUAUUCAUAAACUGAAAAAAGCAAUUCCCCCUGACUGCAACUGAUUAAGUUGCCACUGACUCACAUUCAUAUCGAGUCCGUGUACAAGACUUUACAUUCUGAUCCAGUGCUCAGUUCAAUGUUGAUAGGCCAGCAAGCGAGGAAACAGAAACUUGAUAAAAAGAGGAAAAACCCAUACUGAGAGUCGGGCUGUGGAGCAUGAGCUGGACAUGGAGUGGACUGAUGCUGCUGGCGUUACUGGCGCUGGCUCAGUCGGAGAUCAUUGAGCUGGAUAAUGAUGCGCCCGAAGGACCCAAUGUGUGCAAGAAGCGCGAAAACUACGAAGUGGAGGUGGUAGUCACGGAGCUGCAGUCAUUCCAAGAGCGCAGCUCUACCUGGUGCCUGAGCAUACCGCCCAGCUGUCCCACCUACCGGAUUCGGCAUCGAAUUGUCAAUAAAACCCAAACAGUGCCCAAGACGCGCAUUGUGCGCGAUUGCUGCGAUGGCUAUGUGCGCAGCGGCAACGAGUGCAUCCCGCAUUGCAGCGAGCCCUGCCAGCACGGGCGCUGCAUCGCACCCGAGAAGUGUAAAUGCAUCGAAGGCUACGGAGGACCCGCCUGCAACAUAAAUUGCUCGCCCGGUCUCUACGGCAUCGACUGCAAGCUGAAGUGCGACUGCCUGAACAACGCCACCUGCGAACCGUUCACGGGGCAGUGCGAGUGCGCCAAGGGCUAUACGGGCGACAGGUGCGAAGAGACUUGUCCGCCCCAGCACUACGGCGAGAAGUGUGCGGAACAGUGCCGUUGCGAGAAUGGCGGCAGCUGCGAUCACGUAUCCGGCAAAUGCUCCUGCGCGCCCGGCUAUACGGGUCCCCUAUGCGACAUGCGCUGCCCGGACGGCAAGCAUGGCGCCCAGUGCGAGGAGGACUGUAGCUGCCAGAACGACGGCAAAUGUGAUCCACAGAAUGGAGCCUGCGAGUGCACAGCCGGCUGGACAGGCGAUGUUUGUGCGAACAAAUGCCCCACGGGCAGCCACGGCCUCAACUGCGAGCUUUCCUGCGAGUGCUACAACGAUGCACCCUGCCACCACAUUACCGGCCGAUGCGAGUGCCCGCCUGGCUACAUGGGCGAAGUGUGCAUGGACGAGUGCCCGUUGAACACCUACGGAGUGAACUGUACGGAGAAGUGCCACUGCGAGAACGACGGAGGCUGCAGUCCGACGGGCAAGUGCCUGUGUGCGCCCGGCUGGCAGGGCGAGCGCUGCGAGCAACGAAUUUGUGAACCAAAUAAAUACGGCACCGACUGCAGCAAGAGCUGUGAGUGCGACAUGGAACACACGGAUCUCUGUCAUCCGGAAACAGGUCGUUGCAUAUGCAGCAUUGGCUGGAGCAGUGCCCAGUGCACGCGUCCCUGCGCCUUCCUUAAGUACGGUCUGAACUGUGAGCAGAACUGCGACUGUCGCAACGGGGCCAAGUGCUCACCCGUUAAUGGCACCUGCCUGUGUGCGCCUGGCUUCACCGGCGACAAGUGCGAGCAGAGCUGUCCGGCGGGAACUUACGGUCAGGAUUGUGCCUUCAGCUGCGACUGCCAGAACGGCGCCAAGUGUGCGCCGGAGACGGGCCAAUGUCUAUGUGCCGCUGGCUGGCGCAACAACAAAUGUGAUAGGCCCUGUGAUCUCAAUAAUUAUGGCGACGGCUGCCGACAGAGCUGCGACUGCCAGAACAAUGCCUCCUGCAAUCCAAUCGAUGGCCGCUGCACCUGUCCCGCCGGCUGGACGGGCCGACACUGCGAGCAGAAGUGCGAGGCGAACACUUUUGGACUGGAUUGUGCUCACAUGUGCCAGUGCGACAAGUACAAUACGAUUGCCUGCGAAGCAGCCAGCGGUCGCUGCAUCUGCAAGCAGGGCUGGCGAGGUGUUCAUUGUGAGACGAACUGUCCGAGCGGUUACUAUGGUGAAAAUUGUGAUCAAGUUUGCAGAUGCCUGAACAACUCCUCGUGCGACUCGGAUACCGGCAACUGCAUCUGUGCGCCCGGCUGGACGGGCGAGGACUGCGACGAACCCUGUCCCGAUGGCUUCUAUGGCAUGGAAUGCAAGGAGCGCUGCCCAGACAGCAUGCAUGGCAAAGCCACCUGCGACCAUAUUACCGGCGAGGUUAUCUGUCGGCCUGGCUACUUGGGUCUCACCUGUCAGCAUGCCUGCCCGGCCGGCCUUUACGGCCCCAACUGUAAGCUGCAAUGCAAUUGUGAGCACGGCGGCGAGUGCAAUCAUGUGACCGGGCAGUGCGCUUGCCUGCCCGGCUGGACAGGCUCCAAUUGCAACCAGUCGUGCCCCCAGGACACAUACGGCCUGGGCUGCACACAGCGCUGUCGCUGCCAGCAUCAUCGCAACUGCCGCAAGAAUGAUGGCCACUGCAUCUGUCUGCCCGGCUGGAUGGGCGAUCAUUGCAAUUACAUUUGCCCCGAAGGCUUCUACGGCGAAUACUGCAUGAAUCCCUGCGCCUGCCCCUCACCCAAUUUCCAGUGUCACGCCGCCGAGGGCUGUGUGUGCCGCAGCGGCUACACCGGCGUCAAUUGUGAUGAACUGAUUUCAAUGCAGCGCGUGGCCGAGCACGUAGAAUCGAAUAACGCCAGCGUGGCUGUGAGCACGGUGUUCCUAGUGCUUCUCUUCAUUGGCAUCAUAUGCAGUGUCCUGUUCUACUUUCGCCGGCGUGUGUCCAAUCUGAAGAGGGAGAUAGCACAGGUGCAAUACACGAUUAAUCCGAGUGGACCCGCCAAUCACAACUUUGACAAUCCCGUCUACGGCAUGCAAGCCGAGGCCAGCCUGUUGCCCAACCACUUGCGACCCAAGAUGAACAACUUUAACCAGAAUGGAUCCCUGUGCACGGACUACGGUGACGAUUCCAAUGCCAGCAACAGAGUGGGCAGCUACUCCAUCAAAUACAAUCACGAGCUGCUUAACAAGAAUAUGAAUGCAGACCUGACCAAUCCGAAUGUGUAUAAUGAUAAGGAGGAGCAUGUCUACGACGAAAUCAAGCAUAAGGAGGGCUACAAGGAUCCCGAUGAGUACGAUCAUCUGGACUAUUCACGCCCCAGCACUUCGCAGAAGCCGCACUAUCAUCGCAUGAACGACACGAUGCUGAAUAUCAACCACGACGAGGAGAAGCCCAGCAACGUCAAGAACAUGACCGUGUUGCUGGAGAAGCCCGAACCGCCAACGGAACCAGAGCCACAACAUGAAAGCUUCGACAAUACCAAUUUGGAUGAUGCCUUGACGGCAUCGCCCAGUUCCAGCCCAGAGCUGCGCAAAUAAGGGUAAGGAAGACUUUAGUUCCCGGGAUAUAUAUAUAAAUACGUAUAUAUAUAUAUAAAUAAAUUUA